AUGGCCCCUGAGCGUGGAUCAACCUCAUCGCAGGGAUCCUUGGAGAAGCUUCCCGUGUCGACUCCCUUUGACCAGAAUCAAGAACAAUAUGGCUCGUCUUCAAGCUGGGACGACCCUGCCUCGGCCUCUGGGCCGUCAUCGACUUCACCGAUAACCAGACGUAUAGCUGACUUGAGCCUGCUCCUCUGCCCUUGCUGUGGGUAUGGCCUAAGACAACCAGAUGGGUAUCAACAACUUUCCACCACACCAGCGGUUGUGCCCGACCAGAGCACGCCGUACUUGGCGGAGAAGCAACCAUCACUGCAAAUUGUGCCCCCUGAACCGUAUACCGACACGGUCCUUGGUCUGGAGCCACAGUCUACUUUUGACUACCAGCAGCCCGACCUCACCAGCGCUCCUUUGACAAGCUUUCCUCUGUUGCCUGACCAGACGACGCUGGCAGCGCCAUUGGUUAGCGAUGCUGGCCCAAGUCAGCAGCACCAGAUGCCGGCAGGCGACUUCUACCCCAACCAACCUCUCAAGCAAGAGACCCAGUUGGAAGGCCAGCCAAUGAUACCAGGCCAGCAUCUCAUGACCCAGAAUCUUGCACAGGUUGGAUAUGGUCCCGAUGCCAAUCUCGUCAGCACCACUGGUCUGACCCCGCAUGGCUUGGUAACGGCUGAGGAUAUUUCUCCUUACUGCAUGGCCCCAACUGCGCAGCUCGGAGGAGAUGCUAUGCAGAGCGGAUGGCCUGAAGUUCACCUCCUGGAUCAGCAACCCAAUUUCGAGAUCAUCUUGCCCAAUCAACGAGGUGGAAAGCGAGGCCCAUUCAAGGACCCCAGUCUUCGCGAGCAAACCGCCCAGACUCGGAAAAUAGGGUCUUGUAUCAGAUGCAGAAUGCAAAGAAUACGCUGCGAGAACAAUCCUGAUGAGGAAGGGGGACCGUGCCUAACCUGUAAGAAGGUGUCCAACUCGAGGGCAGGACGGUUUCCGUGCCUGAGGUACAAGAUCACAGACAUUCGACUGUUCAAGCCCGGUCAAGUGCCUGGCUAUGAAUGGACACGAAGGUGGAACAACAAUAUCUCGGACCCAAUUCAGAACUGGGCAUCAGACGAGCUCAAGACCAUCUACAUCUCGGAUGGACUCUCAGCCAAGUGCGUCAAAAUUGAGGUUCGACAAUUCAUCCCCCAGACUGGCGACAAGCUGGAGCGCACAUGGGACUACAGAGGGUCCAAGAGAUCGGUCUCGAUCCCACCAUAUGCACUGGUGAAUCUUGAAGAGGUGAAGGAAGCGUAUCAAAACCACAUCCGAGAUAGCAUGAAGGAUGCCUUCGGACGAUUGCUCGGCCCCCGUAAUGGCCUCUUGUUCAAGACGUAUGAACGCGCUUGGCACAUAUACCAGGACCAGUCGACCUCGACAGAGUGCCAUGACCUUCUCCACCAGACACUGAUGCUUUGGAUGUCGGUCCGUCUGACGACGAGAUCAAGCUUCAUUGUCGGAAAUGAAACUCUGGGCAUGCGUCGUGACAUCCUGGACGAGACAAGCCCCAACCACGGCAUGAUUCCCCUCCCGCCAGUGCUUGGUGCUCAGCUGGAUCUCAUCUUGAUCCACCACAUCCAAACGAGACUCCGGAGAGAGCUGCUAGACAAAUUGCAGAAGAUGAUGUCCAAGAACAAGCAGAGCACGUGGCUGGUGACAUACCUCGUAGUCUUCAUCCUCUUACACAACACGGCUCUGAUCACGGCGCACGAUGCCGGGUAUGCGAAGAAGCACGGCAUGAAGCGACGUUUCGCGCGUGAGGAGAAGGUUAAGGAGUACCAUCUCGGUAAGGAAGCCCAGCCUUUUGAUUGCAAAGACCAGGACCUGCGAACCCUGGCAGGCCUGGAUGAGGAAAAGAUCAAAUUUGUACAUACCACAAGCAGCUGCGCCAGGCGGAAUCGGCCGGAGUGGGAAGAACUCCGACAAGCAGGCGCGUAUGAGCAUGAUUACUUUUUCGUGAGCCAGCUGUUUGAAGCAAAUUGGCAGCCUCGGACUACCAUUUGA